UCAGUUUCAAAUAUGGCGGCCCUGUCGCAGUUGCUAUUCUCUGCCAAACAAUACUGAGAAAAUUGAUAUAACCAACCAUUUUUACCUAAUGAUAAGUAAUUUUAAAUAAGUCUUUUAAAUUAGUAAUAUUUGUAAGAACUAGUCAACUUGAUAAUGUGAUAUUUAGUGUACCCAUGGCUUCCAAUCCGCAAGAUUCGCCUGUCGUACAGCAGACGUUAACAUUUGUAGAAGAGAUAAAUUACAGUGAGAUAGAAGAGUUACAGGUCGUGGGAAAGGGGGCGUUCGGUGUUGUGUGGAAGGGUCUAUGGCGGAACACAUUCGUGGCUGUGAAGCAUAUCAACUCAGAGGCUGAGAAACGUGAGUUCGCGAUAGAAGUGCGACAGUUGUCGCGUGUGUCGCACCCGAACAUCGUGCGGCUGUAUGGGGCGUGUACACAGGGCACAAAUGUAUGUCUGGUGAUGGAAUAUGCAGAGGGGGGCUCCCUUUAUAACGUCCUACACAACCGCCCGAAGCCUAAAUACACUGCUGCUCAUGCUAUGAGUUGGGCUCGGCAGUGUGCAGAGGGUGUUGCAUAUCUCCACUCAAUGAAGCCGAAGCCUUUAAUACACAGAGAUUUAAAGCCCCCGAACUUGCUGCUGGUGGGCGGUGGGCAGUGCCUGAAGAUUUGUGACUUCGGAACUGCUGCUGACAAAGCUACGUACAUGACUAAUAAUAAAGGCAGUGCAGCGUGGAUGGCUCCGGAAGUAUUUGAGGGCUCAAACUACACAGAAAAAUGUGAUGUCUUCUCGUGGGGUAUUAUUCUAUGGGAGGUGUUAUCUAGAAGAAAGCCUUUCGAAGAAGGUGGUUCAGCAUUUCAAAUUAUGUGGGCAGUACAUUUAGGGCAAAGGCCAAAUCUAAUACAGGGAUGUCCCGAACCCAUUGAGCAACUUAUGACACAGUGUUGGCACAAGAAACCAGCGGAAAGACCCAGUAUGGCUAAGGUUGUAGAAAUAAUGGCGGCGUUAUGCGAAUUCUUCCCCGGCGCGGACACUCCAAUCAACUACGACGAUUGCGAAGACGACGACUCGGAAAGCUUAGACGAGGAAUACAUGAUCUCGUACAACGACACCAUGGAAAGCCUCGACCGGGAGGACCUAUCCAACACCCCCACUAACUACCCUGUAGAAACCCAGUCCAAUCCAGUACCUCUCCGGAACAAACCUCCCACCUCCCCUAGGCCCCGGAGCUUCGUCGAAACACAAGUGUCAAAACUCCAACACAUAAUGGCUGCCGAAGCACAACCGAAAACCUCAGCCUUAGCCAGAGAAGAACCCGACAUACACAAUCGAAUAGGCCCUGUUAGCAUCCCACAGCAAUUCAGAAAGCCGGAGUUAGACAGGUCACCUAUCAUACAGACUACUUCAAGCUCCCCAGUCCCCGGCAGAGGCCCUAUAAGUGAAGGUAGCACGCCUCAAGAUACAUUAAGAGUUAUAAGGAGUCCUAAUAUUUUCAGUGAGAGUUCAUCGCCUAGAGGCAUCUCGCCUAUAGUCAAUUAUAACAUCGGCAAUAUGAACCCUAGGCACAUAGACAUAGAGCAGUAUUGGAACAGUCAGAGCGAUAAAUUAUCACCCGCGAGGAGUCCUCUGGCCAGUAAUACAAGUAACUCAGUACGUGAGGACUACAAUCAGAACUAUUGUGACAGAUUAAGUGCAGGAAAUAGUCCAAUGACGCCAAUGAACGAGUGGAAAUGUAACAAUAACAAGAUGUACAAUGGAAACGUACAGAGAUUGCCGGCUGACGCGAGAUAUACACCUUUACAGAUUGAAGUAGAUCCUAACGCGUGGGAACUCAAUCAAGAUGACCAAGCGUUGUACGAUUACGUCGGAGUCAAGAACAUGGCCGGAUUCGAUAAAUUCAUCACUAUGGGCAACAGUAGCGGUUCGCCCUCGGGCCCCGGCGGCGCCGCGCCGCCCGAACCUGACCCGGCGCUCGACUCCAUGCACAUGAUGCUGGACCCGCAUCUGCGGCCCAUAUCCCCGGACCUCAACAACGAGGAGUCCAAGCGCAUCUUCGACGAGCACAAGCAGCUCGCGCAGGAGUACCUCAAGAUACAAACGGAGUUGGCGUAUCUCAGCCAGCACAAGACUGAGCUGGAGGAACAGAUGGACCACAGCGAGCUUCAGCAGAAGAGGGAAGUCAUACAGUUACAAAAUGAAAAGGAAUCCUUGAUCAAGUUGUUCUGCAGCCUCAACAAGCAGCUGGCGCGAGUGGACAACGACAGCUGGCUGCUGCCCGACGACACGCACGAGUGACGCCGCCGCCGCCGCGCCCAGGGACCAGCCAGCACGCUCGUGCACAAGGACUUUACUUAGCCAGGGACCUUACUACCGACACAGGUUACCGGUAGAGACUAUCAAAAGUUGAUUUAGCCCUUAAAUCCACAGAAAACACGGAAGAUCGUGAGUUAAAAUGCUCAGUAGCAAUGAUUCUGGUUAAGAAAAAAGUACCAGCACGCCCGUGCAUUUAGACUUUACUUAGCCAGGGACCUUACUACCAACAUGUUACCGGUAGCGACUAGUAAAAGUUGAUUUAGCCCUUACAAUCGACAGAGAACACAGAAGAUCUCUUCAAUAGUAGCAAUGAUUCUGGUUAAGAAAAAAAAUACCAGCACGCCCGUGCAUAAGGACUUUACUUAGCCAGGGACCUUACUACCAACACAGGUUACCGGUAGAGACUACCAAAAAUUGAUUAGCCCUUACAAUCGACAGAAAACACGGAAGAUCUCUUCAAUAGUAGCAAUGAUUCUGGUUAAGAAAAAAAUACCAGCACGCCCGUGCACUUGGACUUUACUUAGCCAGGGACCUUACUACCAACACAGGUUACCGGUAGAGACUACCAAAAGUUGAUUUAGCCCUUAAAUCCACAGAAAACACGGAAGAUCGUGAGUUCAAACCUCAAUAGUAGCAAUGAUUCUGGUUAAGAAAAAAUACACAAAGAGGGUCAAAGAUUAUGUCCAGUAUUUUAGACGUUGCCGAAUUAAGGUUUAAGAUAUAUACUUCAGAUGUGUCACUUUCCAAAAUAGAGGUUACCUUUCGUAAAAAAGAUACCUCUAGAUAUACCGGUUUCUUUGGUCCUAGCUUAGGAGGCAUCCGUAGAUACAUUCUUGUAUAUUGAUCUCAAGAAGCCUUCAAAAUGUCUUCCCUUCGUACACUGAACGCACGUUUCGUGCCCGAUACCGAGUCAUGUAUUUGUUUGCAGUGUUUAAUGCUUUAACUAUAAUGUAGAUGGUGUUUAUACUUAACAAAUUCAGUCAAAAUGUUUAAUUUUCUUGUAGGGUACAGAGCCCGCUAACUUCAUUCGUUGUUUUAGUUCCUAUGAAAUGUUAGCGGCGUCCCACCUAACUAAUUACAUUGUAUUUUAUGUACUUAUCUUAAACAACAAUUUGUAUAUUCAUUGUAUGUUUACUUGUGUAAGUUUAGCACGUUUUAGUGCUAUAUUGUGCAAUAAGAGGGCCUUUCUGUUCCAUUAGAUAUGUGAAGAAAUUGGCAACACUCCCAUACAGGUCACACCAACACAGGUUUUAUUAUAUUUCGUUAUAUUAUGUGUGUUUGGAAUUGUUCUGAUUGUAUAAAUGUAAGAUAGAAUUUAGUAUUAAGAAUAAAAUAACGUUUAAUAAAUAAAUGAUGUAUAAAA